AUGGCUGCUCCAUAUAUAUACUACGAUCCUCCUGUUCCACACGUCUAUGGUACUUAUGUUCCUUAUGGCUAUGAUGGACGACAAUUUGACAACUAUACUCCAUCGUAUGAUUCCGAGUUCGAUGAUGACGACAGCUAUUCAAGUAACGGAGACGCAACGACGAGUCACAGCGCUCGAAGUGCAGCUACUUCGGAUCCUGGAGUUGAUGCACCUUCAAAAGGUGCUCCGACACAUGGACCCAAUGGAGAAGCAUUACCGAAAUUGAAAAUUCGUCGACAUACUCCUGGGUCCAAUGACCCAGCAUUACAAAAUUUUCCAAUUAAUUUGGAAACAGCAGCCAAUCCACCUUCACUUCCACCUUCAAAUAUAAAGGUUACUAUAGCACGACAUCAAGCUGAGCCUCAACAACCAGCAAUACAACCUGUUCCCUAUCCUGUUCCUGUUUAUUUGAAUCCUCCUAUUCCACAGCAUCCUGUUCACCCACCAUUUCCAUACAUGCAACCGGCUCAGCCUCUUCAAUCUUUUCAGCCUAUCCAACCUGUUCAAUCUUUUCAACCUAUCCAACCCGUUCAAUACGUUCAACCUAUCCACCCAGUUCAAUACGUUCAGCCUAUUCGACCAAGUGUACCUGUAAUUGAAAUUGUAAAGCCACCCUCACCAAAAAAACCUACGACACCAGUUAAAAGCCCAUUUAAUCCUGCAUCGUCGGCAGAUGAAUUUAUAACAGAAUCAUUUCAGUUACCAGCAUCACGAAAUAAAAGAAGUAAUGUAUCAGCUCGUAAACCUCUUCGAACAGAGCUUAUAAUGCCGGGGCAAUCUAUUAUUAAACAACGAAAAGCCGUACCUGCUGAAUAUCUCAAUGAAGAAUAUGAGGAAUAUUAUGAAUUACCAAAUAGUUAUGAUGUUUCUGAAAAGACUGUUUCGUAUCGGCCAGCAGCUCGUUUGACAACAAGAGAACUAGAAAAUGAUCAAGUUGGUGAUAGAGGAGAUGGUGUUUAUUUACGACCACCAAAAAAACAAACUAUUACUUAUAGAAAAUCCUAA